CGCGGGGGCUUCUGGGAGUUGUAGUCCCGACGGGCGCCAUGGACAGGUCGGUGCACAACAGCCCGCGGCUGGGGGACAUCGACUUCUGGGCUGACCGGACACCGGUCCACGAAGCCGCCAGGCAAGGGGAGAUCCUGCAGCUGCAGCAGCUGAUAGAAAACGGGGCCUGCGUGAACGUGGUCACCUAUGACUCCAUCACCCCCUUGCAUGAGGCAAGCCUGAGAGGGCAGACGCAGUGCGUGCAGCUCCUGCUGGCAGCCGGGGCCCAGGUGGACGCCAGGAACAUAGAUGGCAGCACCCCGCUCUGUGAUGCCUGCGCUUCCGGCAGCAUAGAGUGUGUGAAAGUGCUGCUAUCCCAUGGGGCAAAGGUGAACCCGCCCCUCUACACGGCCUCCCCUCUCCAUGAAGCCUGCCUGAAUGGCAGUUCAGAGUGCGUGAAACUCCUCAUCGACGUGGGUGCCAAUCUGGAGGCUCAUGACUGCCACUUUGGAACGCCACUGCAUGUAGCGUGUUUCCGGGAGCAUCUGGACUGUGUGAAGUUACUCCUCAAUGCAGGGGCAAAUGUGAACGCAGCCAAACUUCACGAGACAGCGCUCCACCAUGCGGCCAAGGUGAAAAAUGCAGAUCUUGUCGAGAUGCUGAUUGAAUUUGGAGGAAACAUUUAUGCCAGGGACAACCGGGGAAAGAAGCCGUCGGACUACACGUGGAGCAGCAGUCCGAGCGCAAAGUGCUUCGAAUUCUACGAAAAAACCCCCCUGAGCUUGUCCCAGCUCUGUAGAGUGGUCCUGAGGAAAGCUGCCGGCCAGCGAGGGCUACACAAGAUCGCCAAAUUAAAUAUCCCUCCACGAUUAAUCCAGUACCUCUCAUACAACUGACAGAGCAAGAAGCUGAUCACGAAGGACAGUAUUUCUGGACAUACUCAUGUGGAAGUAUCCGUCUCUUUCUCCCUUUUUCUCUUCCUAGAAAAAGCAACUUUUAAUUUAUUUUAAUUGGUGUAAAUACUAUUUAUGAGACUGCACUUUCCUCCCUGUCCUACCCCAUCAGCAAAAGUCUUGGCAAAGAUAGCAACUUAGCAAAGGAGGAGAUACAGAUUUAGUGAGCAGUACUUUAUACCGGAGAUCCCAUUUGACUGUUAUACCCUUUGGAGUCUGUUAUGUAGCGCCUUGUGUUUCUGGAGGGAUAGCUGUUAAAUGCAGAGAUGGAGAUGUUUAAUGAGCUGGGUAGCCUCAUUAGAUAAGAAUUUAAUUUUCAAGGCAGGAGUUGCCAUCCUGUGGGCUGCGAGCCACCCAUUGAGCCUGGCUGCGUGAUGCUGCACUGCCCACGUGCCUGAUCCAGAGCUCCUCCAAAACAAGGGGAGACUUCUCAUUAGCUUCACUGGCCUUGGGAUUGGGCACCACGGCUGAGGUCUUGUCUACACUAUGGAGCUCCUGCCAUCAUAGAUAUGCUGAUGGAGCCUCCUCGGGGAGAUGGAGCAUUGGCUGACGGAGAGGCCUUUUCUACUGGUGUCUCUACAGCUGCUCGCUGAAAGCCAUUAGCAGAGUUGACAAAAGGUCUCUUCUGUUGGCAGAGCCAUGUCCAUGCCAGGGGUAUAGCUGUCAUAAUGGGGGCAUGGAUCCUAGCUAUGCCAGUAAAAGCAGCAGCUGACUGCCUCACCCAGGCCUAAGGUAACUAAUGCUCCAUCUGCUUCUUGAGUAGCUGCUGCAGCCACCUCCAUCCGGUGUCAUAUUAGUUGCAGACCGUGGGUGUGCCAUCUGCUCUCAGCAGUUUUGGGGCCCCUCAUCUUGAGGAGUGAAGCUGUAUUCUCUGAGGAGUUUCUAUCAGCCCUGUGUAGCUUGACAAGAAACCUUUCCACGUGUAUGUGGAUAGGUUGCAGGGAGAAAUGGCUGCAGGGAGGAGCCCGAGGGAGGAUUUUUUUUUUCCUUUGAGGCUGCCUCUUGUUUCUGGAGCUUCGGUGGAUGCAAAUGCACUGGAGAAGCAGCAGGUUUGGAUGCCCGCUUGACAGCUGCGUGUUGUUGCUUUUGGGAUUCACGGCGUCCUUUGAGACCUAGACCUUGCAGGCAAGGUUAGAAGCCGAGCUCAAGUGUUAGGACAUGUCUGUACCAUGACAGCAAAAUGUCCUGGUGACGUCGCCCACCCGAGUCCACAGACAGACCCAACCUGGAAGCUCACCCAUGAGGUUAGGAUCACAGAAAAAGUAGGGAUGGCGUGGCCUACUGGAGAUCAUCUUGUCCAGCCUCCUGCUCAAGACAGGAUCAUCCCUAAAUAACCCAUCCUAGAGAAGGGUUAGCUGAACCUGCUCUUAAUAACUUCAGGAACUACCUGCACACACAACUACUGUCAAAAAUGCCCUUUAACUUGCUACCAUUGAAACAGGGAGGAGGGUCCUGUCAUUGUCUUGUCACUGCAAAGACAGGAAGUCAUGUAUUAAGAUAGGCCUGAAAUGCAAGAAAGACGACCAUUUGCCCCCUACGGAGGAAGGUGGAAACCCCCGGCCCAUGCUGAUCUGACCAUGGGGUAAAAUUUCUUCCUGAUCCCAAAUGUGGUGAUCAGUUAGACCUUGAGUGGAGGAGCAAGACCCUCUUGCAAGGCAUCUCUGGGUUGUUUAAGUCCCAGCAGGAGCUUUGGCACACCCCAGUCACAAUCCUCAGCCUUGGCUGUGGCCCAAACCCAGUGCAUCUGAGGAAGACGAAACAGCCCCCAGGCCCCUGUAACAGUCAGAAGGGGUAAAAAAAAAUCCUUCCUGGUCCUGAGUGGCGAUCAACAAAGCCCAGAAGCCUGUGAAAAGCAGACACCCCCAACUCUGCACUGCAACCCGGGGACCACAGGCAGCUCUGCACAUCACGCCCCUUGCCUGGAGAGCCAGAACUCCCUUCUCUUAUCAUCCCGUCCCCUCUACAAACAUCCCAGCCACUUUCAUCUUUCAUAACCAAGCUAGUUGUGGAGCCGUGCUUCAUUCUCCCCCUGCUGAACACGGUCCUCUCCUAUUCCACCUCCUCUGGCUGCAGUGCUUUUCUCGUGGCCUCCCAGGGGCUCUUCCAGCCUCAUCCCAGUGCCUGCUCUUGAGCCCUCAAUCUUGGCCGGACUUGGGAGUGGGGAUAAGCCCAAAGCAAGCUUCACUAGCAAACUCCUGGGUUUGGAGUGCCUGAGAGGACUCGUGGGUGCAGUGUGGGUUAGCCUAUCUUCCCCGAGACCUGCAGUUUGGACAGGCCAAUAUAGUCUUCCUUAGGUGUGAGAUACCAUGUGCACGAUAUUUGAAAGUACCGGGGCACUUCAUGCGUGCUGUACCAAAGAGCCCUAGUCCCGUCAGUGCUUCUGUAGCAUGUCUUAGCCUACCAAGAUGAGAACGCCUCUCUGAUAGUGCAGAAAAUAUGAAAACCAAGAUGCGAACAAGUCUUUAAUAGUGCAGAAGGUGUGAAAACCUCCAAGGACAUCUGCCUCAUUUACUUCGGUGGUUUUUGCAUCCCUCCAUGCUGGGAACUAGCCCUGGGGAAUGAAUUCGUGGUCCCUUCCCCUCACCCUGCCAACUUGAUCCUACCCUUCCCCUGCUGCACUAGGUUACAUGUUGGAAACAUGUUGUCAGAGCAGCCUGGCAUGUUAAACCAGUGUUAAGCGGGUGAGCGCCUAUUUUAAAAAUUGUGCGUUCGUUCCCUGUCUUUGCCUGAUGCAUGGUAUAACAAUGGUUAGGGGAGUUUGGGUUUCUUUAUUUUUAAUCAUCAUUGUGCUUGGAUUUCUACAUUGGAAAUAUCAGGAUCAUCAAGUAUAGUCUUCCCUGGGUUUGCUAGAGAAAUUAUAGUGUGUCUGUUGAUGGUGGACCCUACCAGCUUAACUGAGGGCAUAAGGGCAUCUAAUUAUUUUUGCAAAAGUUUAUUUUAUCCAAAAUGUGAAUUUGUCAUUGUAUUUGAACAGGUAUUAGCAAAACCCAGACUCUUUCCAGCAGCCUGAUCUUAAAAUCCUUUCCCUUCUCAACUGUUUUA